CUUCAUGACGGAUCCAGAACAGAAUAUCCUAGACUUCGAGACCUAUUACGUCAAGCUGUCCACCUCUGCCCACAGUAAGAUCCACUGCGGUUUGCUUUGCGUUGUGAAGCUCGGCACGUGCUCCUAUUACGUUUAUGACGUAAGCACGACCACGUGUUAUGGACGCCCAAACGCGGCAUUUGUACCGUACAAUCCUGGGCUUCUGACUGUCGUCGGGACCGGGACAAAGAUGGUUGACAUCACACACAGGCAAAAAGAGUUCCGGUCAUGUGUACUUGAGGAACAUGGUAUUCUGGUGGGGAACAUUACCUGUAUCCAUGUAAUGAAAGAACAGAUGGCUCAGUUUAAAUUCGAAUCCAGAUGUAAAGGACGGCUGUUUGAGCCGAGAACAGCGAGCCUUUCGAGAGAGUACAAACUGCCUAUGCUGGAACGCGGAAUCAUUGAACCGAAUGUUCCCUCCUGGAUCGGACUAAGGUAUGAUACUACUACCGAGACCUACAAUUGGUUGUCAGAUGGAACGGAAGCAGCCUUUACUGACUGGUGUACCGGAAACUGCUCAACGUCCCCGCCUCAACCAGAUCUGCCAACCAUUCAGCAAUGCAUUGUUACCGUGUAUUUGGGGAACACUGGCCCGUUUGGGUGGUGGGCUAAAGCUUGCCAUUCGGGAUUCGAUGCCAUUUGUGAGGUCCCCUUUGUUGAACUGAACUAAUCAAAAGGCUUGAACCAAUGGAAUGUACAACUUAACUAGUCCAAAGACUAAGAUUAUGUGAACCUUAAUCGCCAUGUCCAGUACUUAAUGUUGAACAACCCACUUCCUUUCCUUCUAUUACGAUUCGAACUCAAAGCUUCAUCAUAAUACCUGUCGCAAAAUAUUUAUGAGAGAAAUGUUUCGACGUCAUAUUUAUUGCAAAAACAUAGCAAUAGUAUCAUUUGAGCCAUAUUGAAAUCGAAAAAAAGUAAUAACGAAUGCAAUUUCUGUACCAUUUCGAGGAAAAAAUCCAAUAAAAUUGUUUCAUCA